CACUGGACAGUUGACUAACAGCUACCAGAAAGCAGACUGUCCUUGUUAGCAAAGCUCUGACAGACCCACGGGGAGAAUUAAUAUAUGGUAUAUUGGUAAACGAAAAGAUAAAAAGAACUAAUUAAAAGUUGCAAUGAUUCGCUUCUGGCUGCAUCUGUUGUGUGUGCUGGUCUGGCUCAGUUUUUGGGUACCUGCUCAGGCACGAAGAGCACGUUUUAAACCAAUACCUCCACCGAAGCCAAAGCAAUCCGAGGCAGAAAAGGCUAUUGAAAAACUAGCUCCAGUUCAGAACAUCAACAUUGAUCAGAUGAGUGGCAAGUGGUACCUGAUUACUGUGGCAUCACGGUGUAAGAAUCUUCUGGAGAGUGGCUUCAAAGUGGAGAGCACAGCUAUAACUUUAGAUGUAACGGGUGACAAGGUGUCUACAAGCACUCUGAGAAAACUAAAUUAUGAGUGUUGGGAGAUCAAGCAGAACUACAUGAAGACAACGACCCCUGGCCGUCUUCUUCUCAAAGGGAAGAGACCUAAGGAGGAUGUGGAGAUAAUUGUGCUUGAGACGAACUACAGCUCCUAUGCUGUGUUGGCUUUCAAGAGAGCAGGGGAAAUUACCAUGAAAUUAUAUGGACGGUCCAGUGACGUGCCUGAUGAUAUAGUGGAUAAAUUUGAGAAUCGAGCAAAGACAUUCAAUUUGGGAUUGGAUGUUGUUUUCCAGUUUCCUGACUAUGGAUUUUGCCAGUCGCCAGAUAAGAUGCUGGAAAUGACCUAAUGAGCUGUGGUGGACCAGCAUUUGUAUUGCAGAACGCCUGUGACUGUGACAUACAACAGUACCCAUCAAUCAGACCUGAGCAAAACGAGAAAACAGUCUGAUGAUCAGCAUGCAAAUAAUUAAAAACAAUAAAGUUUUUUUUUAUAUACCA